CGAAAACAGGCCACAACAAGGGUCGACAAGUCUUUGGGACUCCAUUAGGACACGUCUCUCCGGGCACUUUUCGCGCGUCUUGCGCGUGCAUUGGGAAUAAGAUUAAGUUCAAUACCUAGGACGAGGGUUGGGGAUACCGUGUGUAAACUUAGCCACGACCGACCUUACGCGGAAAACAGCUUACACCCCCCUCAGUAGUCGAGUAGCAUUUUAGGAUCGGGGAUGCCUAUAUUUCAGAAGAAAACUCAAGAUGGAAGGAAGACCCCUCAGAAGGCGCCCCCUAAAGCCCUCACACCUGCACUAGGGACUGGGGGUCGACGGUCCCUUUCGAUGGUUGGGAAAGCUUUGGCAGAUGUUGUAAACAAUCGAAAAUCGAAUCAUACUCCUCCAAAGCCGUCCGCGCGCGCCUUGGCGAAAGUUUUUGAAUCCUCAAGUGACGCUUAUGAUUCGUCAACUGCUGUGGAGUCGUCCCCUCCAAAUCAACCCACUCCGUCCAGUCCGGCUAGGCGUUCUGGCUCCAUUAGCAGCACUAAAGUCACGCCGCCAAAGCGGGAUAGAAAUCCUAUUAGUCGCCCAUCAUCAAAAGGCACCGGCAGAGGCACCCCAGUCCUGACCCGUGAGGAUGUUCCUAGGGAAGGGACAUCUUUACCGACUACAUCAAAGGCACCAUCUAGCCCUGGGGCUUCUUUUCGACGAGUAGGCCACGUCUCAUCGGCCUCUGUCGCAUCUGCUUUCGGACCAGAAGGUUCUCGCCGUUCAUCAAGGUCAAUUGAAGUCAAGCCCAGAAAUGGGCCUGUAUUGGCCUCGCCCCCAACAAAAUUGAUCACUAGAGCCCCUCAUUCAACAUCUGCUACUCCUAGCGUAGUUGCGACCCCCUCGCUUUCUCCCCAUCCUCUCCCAAUUGCGACGGCCGAAGACAGAGAUUUGUCAUCUCCUACUGAAUCUGUACCUGGUUUAACCCGAGCUUCUUCUAUCAAGGUGGCAUCAGUCUCGGCUCUACCACAACCGAAAACCAGGCCUCGUUCGUCGGUCUUUGCAUCAAUGCCUCAACUCGGUGAGCCUCGUGAAAAUUUAAGGCCGAAGCUAGCCGUGUCUUUGGCUUCCCCAAAGAAGACUCGUUCUGUAGAAGAUGAUGGUGAUCAGAAAUCUGUGACGGGUUUGCCCAUUCGGGUGGCUGGGAGCAUCAAGUCGGCUAUCAAGGAUAAUCAGAAUGAGCAUCGGCAGCCGUCUCCCACUGCUUCAGUCCGGAGCCUGAUAAAGAGACCGCUCAGUCCUCUCCCCAAGUGUGUGAUAGGAAAUCCACCAACGGCGGAGGGGGGGGCUCACGACAGUGGGAAAGCGAAUGAGCCAUCAAAUACUAAUUCAAUUGUGGUCAAAAACUCCAAGAGCUCGGUUUCUGACUCAAAUUCGACCACUGCUAAGCGACGAAGCGGUCUUCCCCGUCCAAGUAGCUCUGGUGCAAUGGUAUCCUAUCCUACUUGGGAGAGGGCCCAAGGAAUCUCUAUGAAAGGUGCAGCUUCGAGGCGGACAGCGACUGAAGGAGAUCCUUCAGAUGGGUUUAGGGGCACCUUCAAGAAGCGAAAAAGUGACAUCAGAGUCGUAGAUUCACGCAGCAACUCGCGGCAGUCCAAUAAUGUUGCAGCUUCGCCACGUCGCACAGCCGUACGCACUUCACAUCCACGUUCUCCAGCUCAUCAACCCAAGACCCCAUCCACGUCCAAAGUUCCACCAAGAUUUGAACAAACCUUCUCUAUUCCACGAAAUCGACUAAUGAAUUUUUCUUUUGCUGACAUGACCCUUCCAAGUGAUGACACGGCAGAUUUUGACGGACCUUCUCUUGAAAAUUUCACACCAGACCAUCAUAAUCCCAGCAUCAGUCCUUUGUCCAAUUCAGUUUCUCUUCCGACGAUUUUCCUCCCUCCCAGUCGGCCUUAUCAGCCUCCUGGACCAUUACGCACAACUUCGCGGGCGACACGACGUGGGAGACCUAGCACAGCGCCCGUCAACUCGCCAACUAGCCGUCCAUCGAUACUGUCAUUCGACGCCAUUGCAGAACGUUCUCGCGAGUUCUCAGAAGGUGACAUGGACACCAUGUUGUCCGAGGUCCCGGCACCGUUUACUCCCGACGUUCAUCGAUCGUCGCUACUUCUGACAACACCGGGAUCAUCUGAAUUGUCCUUCAAUCUCGAUGACGCGGAUGCGCAGACUGCGUCCGUUCCUCCUUCACCAUUAGACCGUUCUUUCUAUACUCACAGCCAAAAGAGCGGUGCAACAGGCUCUAUUUCCCAGCUCCUCUUCCCAGCAUCUACAAUUCCCUCAGAAAUGCCUUCACCAUCCCCGGUUUUCGCGGCGAUGCCUCAUUCAGUGCGCCUGUUUACUGAACAGGAGAUCAUUGAGCUACGUGUAAAGGUUGCCGCCCACGAAACAGCUUCAAAGGCCCAGGAAGCUCAGGUUGCUAACUUGGAAGCUGAGAUUGCCACUGCAUACUCGGUCACCCGCUCCCGUGAGUCGGCUUGCAGGCUUAGUAUGCGUAAGCUGGCGAGCGAGUUAGCACAAAGCUAUACAGAUAGCACGAAGGAAACUUGGAAUUAUGUAGCGGAGUUUGCAAAAAUUGAGCAUGCCUCCCUUGCCGCCGAACGGUCAACAUUACAGGUGCUGGUGUUGGCACUGGAUGCCAAGAUGCCAACGGUAUAAUCAUACAUGUUUGCUCUCAAUUGCACCUUCGUUUUUUGAUCUUAUAAUUUAUUUGCAUGUGUAAUGUUCACGACCUUUUGUUAUGUAGGACCUUUUGCGCAUUCCGGUGUACAUUACAUCACGUACAUCUCUCACGACCCUAACCGCAAUGGGAGGCAAAUAAAUAGUUCAAUAAGCUUACAGUUACGCGUAUGCAUUCCGCAGUUCGGCGCAAGCACGAGCGAGAACAUUGUGACAUUGCGUAGG